AUGGAGAGAGAGAUGGAAGAGAGAACAGGAGACAGGAUGAAAAGGAGGGGAAGGCCAAGGAAAGGAGAGAAAAAAACAAGGGAAAAGCAAGUGGGGAAGAGUGACGAAGGGCUGGAAAAAUAUUGGAUGGGCACGGAAACGGAGGAGGCAAACAAGGUGGAAAAAAGUGAAAGUGAACAAAAGGGAAAUGAACAGAGGGAAAUAAAGGACGAUCGGGAGGGGGGUGGAAGAGGGGUUCAGGACGAACAAUCGACUGGAGAGAACGCCACAAGGAAAGGGAAGAGAAAGCGGAGCAAAGGAGAGAAGGAACAGAAGAUAAGGAAGAAACGACACAAGCAGAAGAAAGGGUGGGAAGUGACAGAAGGGGUCAAAGAGGAGGGGAUAAGUAAAGAUGAGGGAACAGGGAGGGAAAAAGAGGAGACGAAAGGAAUAAAAGUGACAGAAAGAGAAAAUAACAAGAGGAAGAUACGGGAUGACGAACCAGGGAGGGAAAAUGAAACAACAAAGGGGAGAGAAGCGGAGAAAACAGAAGGACUGGAGGAAAAGAAGGAGGAAAGAAUGAGGGACGUGGAGGCAAUAAUAAGGGAAAUGAGGGAAAGUGGAGAGAAAAAAUGCAAAUGUGAAAUCGGGGAAAGGGAGAGGAGAGAAAAUAGAGAAAUGAAAAAAAAGUUAGAAGCAAUGGAAUACAUACUGGAAAAGAGGGAGGAGCAGAGAGAGAAGUUACGAGAAGAGGUAGAAUACCGGAGGAAAAGAGAGCGUGAAAGGGAGGAAAGAGAGAAGGAGAGGAAAGAGGAGGAAAGAAGGAGAAGAGAAAGACGAAAGGAAGAAAUGACAGAAAGGGACGAAAGGGAAGAAGCCGCGAGGGAAAAAGGGGGGCGAGGGGGGACAACGAACAGUGGUAACAGAGGGAGGGAGGAGGGGCAGGGGACGAAGGAUAAGGAGGAACAGCAGAAAGAGGAGAAAGGAGGAUGGCCUCAGGGAGAGAGGAGGGAGAAGGAGGAAGAGGGGAGAAGAGGCGGAAAGGGGGACGGGAGGGAAGAUAAGGAGGAGAGAGGGAGCGCACCAGGAAGGAAAGGAUGA